AUGAAGCGAGAUUGGGCAAACUUAGAUUCACUUGCUCUCAACAUGAUUCUUGACAAGUUAAUAGAACCAAUUGAUCACAUUUGGUUUCGUUCCGUCUGCAAAAAUUGGCACUCAAUUGCAAACCUUAAUCAUCACUACAACAUCCAAUUUAGGAGCAAUAUACUGCCUAUGCUAAUGAUUCCUUCGGAAAAGAGUUCCAAAAAGCGAAGUUUGUACAGUGUUGCAGCAAAUAGAGUGUAUCCAUUAGAAUUAACAGUGCUUAACAAAAAGAGAUGCUGUGGCUCAAGUUAUGGGUGGCUUGCAACUAUGGAUGCAAAUAAUAUUAUAACAUGGGUGAAUCCUUUUAAAGAUGUAGCUCCUAUUAUUUUACCAUGGAUUGAUAUUUAUAAUUCAUAUAGGAAUCAUGAGUUUAAUAUUCAUAAAGUUACUCUAUCUGUUGAUCCCAUAACAAGUCCAAAUGAUUACGUAGUUGCCGCAAUUUACACUUCGCGUGGUUGUCUUGCAUUUAUAAAAGCUGGACAAGAGUUUUGGACAUAUGUACAAGAAAACCUCCAUUUUGGUUUCAUUGAUAUUACAUUCUACAAGGGUUUAGUUUAUGCAGUAACUCGUUGGAAAAAAAUUGUCUCUUUUGAACUUUGUUAUUCAAGUGACCCUCAUGACCCUUAUGGUAGGGACAGAAAAAUUCCAAAUGUUGUUUUACAAACAAAUUUUGAUGAAGUUUAUUCUCCAUUAACUUACUUAGUAAAAUCACUGGAGGGAGAGUUGUGGAUGGUGAGAAGAUUUAUAAUCAGAGAGGACAAUAAGAACGAAGGCACUAAAAGUUUUCAUGUAUUUAAGUUGGAAUUAGAUGAUAAAGGUGAGAAGCUUAUUAAUUUGUUGAAACUUGAGAGUUUGGGAGAUAAUGUCUUAUUUGUGGGCGACGGUGAUUCAACAUCAAUGUCGGCAUCUUACUUUUCGAUUCAUUUAGAGAAUGAUUCAAUUUAUUAUUGUGAUAAUUAUUUUGAUGAUGAACCACAGCCAUAUCCUAAUGGUCCUUUUGAUUUGGGAAUUUAUAACGUAAAACAUGAAAGAUUUGGGUUUCAUUGCCGUUACAAAUCUUAUUUCAAAGGUAUGCCACCACCUAUAUGGGUUGUGCCACCAUUUGAAUGGGAUUGA